UUUGCUCGCUGCCUGCACUCUUCGCACUAUGCGAUCGACAUUGAGUGACUUCGUUCGAAACGGUUCCGUGUGUGGCGUAGUAUUAUAAUUCCCCAAUCAAAGUUAAAAACGAGGAGAAUCCAAUUUUUUAUCUUUCCUUGCCUGUGACGGGUUGUGUUCUACAGAUUUAGACUGGAUUUAGUGAAAAAAUGGAAAUCGCAGCCCAACCAGGCUGAACUUUCGACUCUACGAUUGAAUAAUUUCACGGAGUGGUGAUUUGUUUUUGUUCCUGCAGUGCGAUAAAUCGAACAGAAUAACACACAAUGGCGACUUGAGUUGCUGCUACGGGCACGGAGUGUAUUGACAAUUAUUUAUUUUGCGCAACGAUAGCAGUCCGCAGCACGGGCUAAUUAAUUUCUGUCAGCGAUAUUCGGAAGGAGGAAAAUUUUCAGUAGUGAUUCGAAGUGCAGUGGAUUUCGACGGAGCCGUAUAGUAAUUGGAUUAGCAGCUUUAAGUGAUUGUGUUUUUUUUUACUUCACCAUUUGCAAACGCUCAGCUGGUUUUCCACAGCAGCAGAAACUAUUGCACAUAGGAUUCUUUAUUCCACGAACGCUAGAAUCGGCACUCGUUUGAGUGAAGCAUUGUAGCUGUCGAGCUUAGCACGGUUCCAGAAAAGAUUUCUGCGCGAUCGUGGCCGAGCAAAUCAACGAAUGUUUGGAAACCAACCGACCCGAGGAUCAUCAUCAUCAUCGGCUUCAGCUGGCACACCGACGAAGAUAUCGCCGCAGUCGCUGAAAUGCUAAGCUCGUAUUUGCUCCUAUUAGUUAGUUGUGAUAAGCAAUGAGGAAUAGUGACUCACAGUGGCGGCAAGAAGAAAUCGGACGCUAAAAUUGUUUCGCUUCACCGUAGCUGGUGAUUGAACUUCAAUGAAAAUUUAUCAACUGAGUGAAAUUAAUGGUUCGCGUUUAACACCACUAUAGAAGUGCUUGCGUUUGCGGGCGUGUAUGUGCAUAAAUUGUAUGCACCUUGAAACUAGUGUUGCCAAAGUUAGGUUUUUAAAAGGAGGUCCAAAAUCACACUCGCGCACGAUGGCUCCUUCUGUUCUAGCUUGGCUGCUGACUAGGACCAUAACAACAAACUACUAUCUAGUCAUACUGAUAUCAUCGGUUUUCCUGCUGGAAAUUUGCGAUGCGGAUAUUUUGGUGUAUCAAAAUGAUCAGCUUUUGGAAGAGUUUCGUGACUUUCCGGCCACCUUCGGUGGUGAAAUUCCAGAGAGUGGACUCAAGGUGAGGGCCGUCCAGGCGGAACCUGUGGACGGAUGUACCCCGCUAGCAGGGCCACCGGAAAAUGUCAGCUCGAUGAUUGCUAGCGGUGCUGGGUCGAGCCGCUUUGCCGUUAUCAUUGCGAGAUAUAAUUGCUCGUUCGAGGAUAAAAUUCGCAAUGCACAGAUUGCCGGCUUCGCCGCAGUCAUCGUUCACAAUGUCGGCAGUAACGAUCUUGAACGUAUGUCGGCUAACCAUGCCGAAGAUAUUGUCAUUCCAUCGGUUUUCAUCGGCGAAAGCAACGGUUUGUUCAUCGUCGAAAACUUCAUGUACCCACUGAACUACGCUCUCAUCAUAACCGACGACGUUCCGUUUAACAUCAACAACAAUCUGAUAAUUCCGUUCGCCAUCGUUGUAGGAAUGUGUUUCAUUAUUAUGAUUUGCUUCAUGAUCAUACGGUGCAUACGAGAACGUCGCAGAAUGCUGCGUCAUCGCUUGCCAAGCAGCGUGCUGAAGAAAAUUCCGAUCGUAAAGUUUGCCAAGGGAAUGCAAUACGAGACGUGCGCUAUUUGCUUGGAUGAUUAUAUCGAUAACGAACGGUUACGAGUGUUACCGUGCCAUCAUGCAUAUCACGUCAAAUGUAUCGAUCCAUGGCUAACUAAAAAUCGUCGGGUAUGUCCAAUCUGCAAGAGAAAGGUUUUUGCUCGCGGAGAACGUCGACCUCCUCGUCGGCGCUCCUCCUCCGAUAGCAUGUCCUCGUCAGAUGCCGAUGAGAAUACUCCGCUACUGAAUGCAACUGACGCUAAUCAGGCUAACAAUACGACAUCACCUGCUUCACCGUCAGUGGCUGAUGGCGAACCCAACGCAAAUGUCAGACCAGUGAGGUCAGAACGACGCUCGAAUGAUGCUCACGUGGUCAACAUGACUUCCGAUGACGAUGAAUUAUUAGACGAUAGCAAUGUCCAUGCAGUAACCAGCUCGACACCCAGACAGCUGUUGGGAACUCCUCAACGACGAUUCAAUUUCUUUGACCGAGUCGUGCAAUCUCAGAUGUCUGCAGCCAGCCAAGGACGGGAUGCCACUACCAGCGGUGUUGAAGGAGCCGAUUCACCAUACAGUCCAAUCGGAGAGGAAAAUAUGCCCAGUAGUACCUGGAAUCGGUUUGUUAGGAAAUUGCGUUUCUUCCACCGCAACGAACCGUCUCCUGAGCUGCAAUCGGACGACGACAUCGAACCAGCCACUGGGGAAACUAGCAUCGCCAACGGUACUGUCAGUGGUCGAAUUUCCAUCAACUCGGCAGUCGCCGCCAGCAAUAACAUCCUAAAUGGUAAUCUCAGCGGUUCGUUCCACGGAGAAGAAACGACCGACGAUGAGAUCGUGGGUGCUAGCUACCGCGACGAGGCCAAGCGGCGGCAAAUCCGUUCAGCUCCGAAUCUACCCUCAACGAGCGGAAUGGCGACCGGCGCAUCCGCUAGCGGUGGUCGGCUUGGCGUGGCCGCCCUGCCGAAUGUUAAUUUCAAUCCUAGCCAGUCCGGUCGGGCCGAUCCAGGAAGAAGAACGGGUGGCCCGACGGGAGGACACUACCCGGUGUAAAUAGAGCCCCCUUAGAAUACUGUAUGUAGUUUAUGACAGGUAAGUCAAAUCCAUAAUCGUGGUUUUUUGCAAAGAAGAAAAAAAAGAGUUUGAUAAUAAAAACGCAGCGAAUAAAAGUGAUACAAUAUAGCGCGAAACACAUGAGGGAAAAUAGCUUCCAUACACCACCGUUUUCCCUAUUAUUUCGCUAGAUACAUUGAGGCGAUAGUGAUAUUUUCAUCCGAGAGAGGUUUUAUCUUUUUUUUAUCAGUAACUUGUGGUUAGGUUUUGGUUAUUACAUACAAUAUUCAAAAAAGCUGAAAUUUGAACAAAAAUUCUAUCCUCGUAGAAAAUAUUGGUUGAAUGAAAGAGCUGAUAGGAUUGAAACUUCUAUUUUAUCCCGUAUGAGUAACAAAAAUGUGAUUGGAUUUUAAGAAGUCUUAUUUAUAAGUAAAAAGGUAUUUAACCAUCCGCAAUUAUCAGUUUUCGAAAGAAGUAAUUAUGAGUUAAAAUAAUCUUCGACAGGUUGAACUUUACCUGUCGCAAGGUGAACUACUGAACAUUAUGCAUAAGUGAACCAUAUUAUAUAUUCAUCUUGUCAAAAAUUAAUAAAAAAUGUCUUGCAAGUGGUUUAGUACACGUUGUGUGUAAACAUUUAUUGGUUUUAAAAGCUACAUCUAAUAGAAUUACUCGUGUUUAUACGUUCACAAAGUGACAUUCUAGAGAACAGUUUCAGUUCCGCCUAUCGACUUGAGUAUACUUACCUGCGUAAAAAUUUAGUUUUGUUAUUAUUUUUGUUUACCUGCAUCAUUGGAGCUAAACUAAUUAAUCGUAUGUAGAAGCUGUAACAUAUUCGCCAUCUAACCAUAACAAAAUAGUUUACAGAUAAUAAUGCAAAUAUAUAACUGUAAUUUGAAACAUCAAACACUGAUUCCCACAGACAUAGCGUGAAGGAGAACACACGAAAAAAACAAGAGAAGCAACUACUGCCAUCUGCAAUGCUGGUGUUGUUUGUUAAUUAUACAUAGGUUCUGCAUUGAGCUGUUGUGUAGGCAGUGGAACAACAGAGAAGGGGUGUAACCCGGACAAAAGUAGUGAGUUUUUUUUUGCUCUAUUAGAGGCGCAUCAUAGAAAUUUACGCAAAAUUGCAUAUUUAGUAGGAGAAUAAAAAUUUGAAAUUGAUCGAAAAAUAUAUAUAUUGCUGCCGA